GCUUGAGUUUAUUUAUUCUCGCCGUAUAGAAUUUCCUUUUAAAUCUUCUUCUGCCUUUUCUGUUUUCUGUAUUGACAAUAUAAGCAACUGAUUUUUUGAUAAAUGAAAGCCUCAAGUAUAACAAGCUUAAUACUUUUGAUAUUCACGUCAACACAAGCUAGCUGCACUAGAACAGAGUACGCUGGUGGCGAGGCUUUUGAAGUUCACUUUGAAGAAAACAAGAAAAUUGGUAAUUGCAGCUUGAAUUACUUAUGGAAGAACCAUAACACUACAUGGGACGAGGUUUUGGAAAAUAUCGACAAAUGCGUUCUGGAUGCUGGCGGGUAUGAUUCCAUAAAUCCUGUCCGGACUGUCUCCAAUAACUCUUUUGAACCUAAAACCAACCUCGAUAUUAUAUUAUACGCUUUGGUUGACUUGGAUAAUAACGUAUUAGGUGUUGACACUAAUGCCUCGAACUUGGAGUACAUUAAAAAUAAUAAAAGUAAUACCUUAUCAAAAAGGGAAACUUUGGAAGUGGUGCCGGUGACAGAAUGCUUUACCGAUCGAUAUAAACCCCACGAGGAAUUAGUCAAGAGAGGUAUGGCUUAUGAUCAUGGUCCACUGCAUGCUAGAGAUAAGAGGUUUUGGUCCACAUUUGGCAAGUACGCAUUUUACUAUUUGAGUGGUGCUGUGACUCUUAAGAUACUCGAGAAGCUCACUAAUAGCUGGGUGGUAGGUAUAGUCUAUAGUGCUUAUGUUUCGAUAGCUGGGUACUUAGCUUAUGCCUUAGGCGAUAUAAUUGAGGUAAUCGCUCAGCAAUUCAGACAGGCAAGACAAGAUAGGUCAAGAAGGGGUCCCCAGCCACUGGCACCAAGAUAAUGAUUAAUCUCCCAAGUUUCGGGGAAGAGUUUAUUGCUGCUCAGUUUUGUUACCGAGAAGUGUUUCCCACUUAGCCGUUGAACGAAAAGACAAUUACUUACAGAAUCCCAAGUUAUCCGUAAAAUUGAAGAAGGGGUUAAUGUUUCACGCAUAAUUUGAUGCUGAAGAAUAAGUAUAAUCAAUUUAAAUGGAAGAAUAGAUAAAUAUAAGGAAGAAAGGUUUAUUUGUAUAAGCGUGAAAGCGUUUGUUUGAAGUGUUUUAUUCCUUUAAAUUUGAAUCCUUCAGAUCUAAAGUUUUUCAGUCUAAACUUGAGAGAUAAUUCAGAUAGAACCAAAAUACGUCAUUUAACCCUUUACGACUCCUAUUUUGACGAAAGUAUCCCACUGUACAACGUUUUAUCACAUAGUACCUCUAUUGUCGCUUU